UGUAUCUUGCUCCCUAGGCCCUUGCUCUCGCCCGGAUUUCUUCCUCGUCGUGGUCUCUUCUCAAAGAACGCAAACCCACUAUAUCUUCACGGUCGAAGCUCUCGUGCAUUUUCUCUCGCUACCUUCAAACUGACGGUACCAACAAUGAACCCAACUCGUGUUCUGUACGAGCCUAUUGAAGAUGUGGAAAGAAUGGAAUACUAUCAGCCCGGUGGCUAUCACCCAGUAACAAUCGGGGAUCAUCUCCACGGUCGCUAUCGAGUCAUCCAUAAGCUUGGGCAUGGGACAUACUCGACGAUUUGGCUGGCCCGAGAUGAGCGAUCUCGCAUAUACGUUGCAGUGAAAGUCUGUACGGCAUAUUCGAAACCGCCCGAAAUUGACGUCAUAUCGGAACUCUCGCAACCUCCCUUGCUAUCAGACAUAGGCAGAACUAUGAUCCCCUCAAUCUUUGAUAAAUUCAACAUUCAAGGCCCAAAUGGCGAACACAUCUGUUUGGUGACUAAGCCGGCCAGGAUGAGUCUUUCUGAUGCAAAGAACGGAUCUUGGAUCAGCCUUUUCCAGCUUGAAGUGGCCCGAGUCUUAGCGGCGCAGCUUGCGAUUGCUAUCCAUUAUAUUCAUUCACGGGGCUUCGUCCAUGGAGAUCUUCAUCGCGGAAGCAUCCUACUUCAACUGCGUCGUGACUUUGAUCAGCUUUCCACAAAACGGCUAUACGAGCAGUAUGGGGAGCCGGUACUUGAACCAGUCAAUCGUCUAGACGGCCAAAUGCUCCCACCAGGCGUCCCACAAUACGGCGUGUUACCUAUCUGGCUUGGGGAAGCAAGUGAGAAUAUCACACUUCCUGAAGCCAGGAUUAUCGUUUCAGACUUUGGUGAGUCAUUCUCUCCGGCGCGAGAAGUGAAAUCCGAGUCUCAUACACCUCUUUCGAUCCGCCCUCCGGAGGCUCGAUUUGAGCCCACUAAACCCCUCACUUUUUCAUCCGAUAUCUGGACUCUUGCCUGCACCAUCUGGGACAUCAUUGCCCAAAAACCCCUUUUCGAAGGCUUUCUUACCAACGAAGACGAUAUGACUUGCCAGCAGAUUGAUGCACUUGGCCUGUUGCCGACUGAAUGGUGGGGAAAGUGGGGAGCUCGUCAAGGCCACUUCACCGAGCAUGGAGAGCCGAUCAACCCAUCCCGUUCCCCACGUCGGACACUGGAGGAUCGCUUUGAAUCGAACGUGCAGCGACCACGGAUAAAAGAGGGAAUGUCACCCGUUGACUCGAGCGAACGAGAUUCGCUAUACUCGAUGUUGCGCUCGAUGCUUCUUUUCGGCCGGAGGAUCGUCCUUCUGCUCGACGGGUUCUGGAGUCGGAGUGGAUGGUAAAAUGGGCUCUGCCUGAGUACGAAAAGAUACGCAGCACUCAUAACAAGAGUCUGUGGGCCUAAAUGAUGUUUUCCCUCGCCUGCAUUCCAUCUCGUGUUCUCGUGUUCAACCAUCCUCGGCACAUUCAUGCUCUGUUUUCCACAUUCGGUAUCAAUGAAUACACGAAGAAUCGAACUAUGCCGUCGGGUUCGAGCUCUUUUAGUCCGUCGCUCGGAACGUCUGAGUCCAGAAUUGGCACAUCGUGAGAGAAUGUGCGUUUCACUGAUCCCGCGUCAGGGAAAGGCACCGACCUACUUUGUGGCUAUCAUACGCGUUACUGCUACAUUUCCGUCUGUAUGCCAUAGCCGGAGUCAUAUUCCGAUCCAAACACCGCAAACAAAACAAGAGGUACUCAGUAGGUACGGUGAUUAUUUAACUUAGCCGCUACUUAGCUUCACUGCUUCCAAAUAUCCACUACAGUUUACC